AUACUGUUCACUUAAAGGGAUGACACGUCCCCCACCGCUACUUCUAGUCCAACGGACCGUUUCAUUUCGUGGUUCUUGAUAGCGAACGUCACGUGUCGGCCAAUGGCUGGGCCUUCAUAAUGAACUGGACACUAGAGGCUUGGCUGGAUGCGCAUGCGCACGGGGCGAAAAAUGAGCUUGGAAGUGAGGUGCCCCUCUUGGAGUAGUCGACUUUUAAAAAGGCUUCGACAGCCCGUGAUAUGACGACUUCGCUGGUCCUGCAUCCACGCUGGGCGGACACCUUGAUGUACGUAUACGAAAAAAGUCCGAAUGAAAACAGUCCACAUAAAAACCCAGCCAUGGAGGGACUGAGUGGGAACUGUCCUGCCACCCACUGCAGGGAGCUGAUUUCACACCCGUCACUGGGACGCCACUCUGGAAGCCUGCUGAGCCACCAGGGCUCAGUUUACCCGGACAUUCCCGCGCAAGACACGGGCAGGCAGUGUCCAGCGGCUCCGCAGACUUCCUCUGGAGCGUCGUUGGGUUGCGGUUACCCUUUUGGGAGUCCCUACUACGGAUGUCGCCUGUCACAUUCGCAUGGCGUGAACGUGCAGCAGAAACCGUGCUCCUACCACCCUGCUGAGAAGUACAGCGAGCCCAGCGGAACGCUGCCCAGCGAGGAGCUCUCCAGCCGGGCCAAAGAAUUCGCUUUUUAUCCGAGCUUUGCCAGCUCGUACCAAACUGUGCCUGGAUACUUGGAUAUGUCCGUGAUGCCAGGAAUCAGUUCGCACCCAGAACCCAGGCACGAGACUUUAAUACCAAUGGAUGGCUAUAAUCACUGGGCACUGUCAAACGGCUGGGAGAGCCAGGUAUAUUGUUCCAAAGACCAGUCUCAGUCCAGUCACCUCUGGAAGUCUCCCUUCCCAGACGUGGUGCCGCUUCAACCAGAAGUCAACAGCUACCGACGUGGCCGCAAGAAGCGCGUUCCGUAUACCAAGGUCCAGCUAAAAGAGCUUGAGAAGGAGUAUGCAUCCAGCAAGUUUAUCACCAAAGAUAAGAGGCGCCGAAUCUCCACAGCCACCAAUCUUACCGAACGUCAAGUCACAAUCUGGUUCCAGAACCGACGUGUAAAGGAAAAGAAGUUCGUCUGUAAAUCAAAGUCCAGCACCCACAUGCAUGCCACCUGAUUCCAGUUAAUUUCCUGCUAUACCAAACGAUUCUGUUGAGAUAUUUAUAUGAAAUCUGUCAAGCUCGAUGUAGUUAGGGACCUCUACUUCCCUUUGUCCAUCUUAGAGGAAUAUGGCAAAAUAAACCUCAGUUUGUGACAAAAUAGUUAAAUCUGAAAUACAUUGAUGAACUUGAUGAAUUGAUGAACACACACAUGGGGUGCUUUACAGAUUUCUUUGAGGACUUUCUUAACUUUUGUUAAGAAAAAACAUUUAAUAUACCGUUUCAAAGACAGUCUGAUCACAAAGAUGUUGAAGCAAGGCUGCUAUUGUGAGAUUGUACAGUACCACGCAUUAUUAUUUAAUAAAGACUCUCUGGUGCGAAAUGAUUUGUAAAUUGCUUCUAUUUUAUGAUCAUCCCAUUCACGUUCUCUUAGAGAAAAAUAUUUCUUGGUCAUAAAACUGGAAUGUUUGUUUUUGCCUUGUGGAUAUUAAAGAGUAUUGUAUUAAUGCACGUUUUUCUGUCUGUAUUUAUGUGGUCUUUCUUACCCAUGUGCACCGUCCUUACGAGCAGGUUUUUAUUCUGAGUUUUUGGUCUUGUUUUAUUAAGAUUAUAUGUUGUGCAUGUUUGUCGAAAAUAUAUUAAAAUAAAAUAUUACAAAACACCA